AUGGUUCGGUGCGUUCAGGAUGACUCCCUGGUGACGCGUAACCUCGUUCCUGGGGAGUCCGUCUACGGUGAGAAGCGCCUGGUGGCAGAGAGUGCGGAUGGCGAAGACAAGAUCGAGUACCGCGUGUGGAAUCCCUUCCGUUCCAAGCUGGGCGCCGGCAUUGUGGGCGGCAUUGGCGCCUGCCCCGUGAAGCCGGGCGCCAAGGUGCUCUAUUUGGGCGGAGCCAGUGGCACGACGGUGUCUCACGUGUCCGACAUGGUGGGACCUGAAGGCGUGGUCUACGCGGUGGAGUUCUCGCACCGCUCGGGGCGCGACCUGACGAACAUGGCGAAGCGGCGGCCCAACGUGGUGCCCAUCGUGGAGGACGCGCGCCAGCCGCAGCGCUACCGCAUGUUGAUUGGCAUGGUGGAUUGCAUUUUUUCAGACGUGGCCCAGCCCGACCAAGCGCGUAUCGUCACACACAACGCGAGCUUCUUCCUGAAGAACAAUGGAUGGGUCAUGAUCUCCAUCAAGGCCAAUUGCGUGGACUCCACCGCGGCGCCGGAGGCCGUCUUCGCCUCCGAGAUCGACAAGCUGCGGAAGGAUGGGGUGAAGCCCAAGGAGCGGAGCUGCGGGGAGACGGGGAGACGGGAGAGAGAGCAGUUGACGUUGGAGCCGUAUCAUCGCGACCACGCAUUGGUCGUUGGCAUCUACAGGGCCUCGAAGAAGAAGAAGGAGGAGUGA